AUGGACGCAGAUCAAGCCCAUCUUGAGGCGCUCGGAUACAAGGAGGAGUUCAAACAAGAAUUCGGCCUGUGGUCCACGUUCGCCGUCUCCUUCUCCGUCCUCGGACUCCUCCCCUCCAUUGCAUCCACCCUCUUCUACGGACUGGGAUACGCCGGAACCGCCGGAAUGACGUGGGGCUGGCUCAUCGCCAUGGUCGGCGUGCAGUCGGUCGCCAUGAGCAUGGCAGAACUGUGCUCGUCAAUGCCCACCUCCGGUGGUCUCUACUACGCCGCAGCGGUGCUGGCGCCCCCCAAAUGGGGCCCUCUCAUGUCGUGGCUCACGGGGUGGUCCAACUGGCUCUGCCAGGUCACGGCCGCACCCUCGGUCAACUAUUCUACCGCCUCCAUGAUUCUCGCCCUCAAAACACUGCACGACCCCUCCUACACUGCCAAAACAUGGCACGUGUAUCUGCUCACUCUGGGCAUCAUGUUCUCGCACGGCAUCAUCUCCUCCAUGCCCACACGGUUCAUUGCACGGUUCAACAGUGCCGGAACCCUCAUGAACACCCUGUGUCUGUUUGUGGUGCUGUUCAUGAUUGUCGGCGGCGCCCAGCCCGGAGAAGACGGCCACAAAUUCAACAACUCCCAUGAGGUGUGGUCGUUCAUCGACAACCAGACCGACUGGCCUAACGGAAUCGCCGUGCUCAUGUCCUUCAUCUCCAUCAUCUGGACCAUGUCCGGCUACGACUCUCCUUUCCACCUGGCGGAAGAGUGCUCCAACGCCUCCGUGGCCGCUCCCCGAGCCAUCGUCAUGACCUCCGGAGUCGGAGGACUCAUGGGCUGGGCCUUCCAGAUCGCCAUCGCUUACACGGUCCGAGACGUGGCCGGAGUCACCCAGGACGAGCUCGGCCAGCCCUUUGUCACCUACCUGCAACAGUGUCUGACUCCACGGUUUGUCACCACAAUCACCGCCCUCACCAUCAUCUCGGGCUUCUUCAUGGGCCAGGCCUGCAUGGUGGCAGCGUCGCGAGUCGCCUUUGCCUACUCUCGUGAUGGCUGCUACCCUCUGUCCCACAUCUGGGCCCAGGUCAACCCCUACACCCAGACGCCCGUCAACGCCGUGUGGUUCAACUGGAUCAUUGGUCAGCUGCUUCUGCUUCUCAUGUUUGCUGGUGACACCGCCAUCGGCGCCAUUUUCUCCGUGGGAGCCAUUUCCGGCUACGUGGCCUUCACCAUGCCCAUUGGCAUCAAGGUCUUCUGGUCGUCGGAUAAGUUCAAGCCCGGGCCCUGGAACCUUGGCCGAUGGUCGCGGCCCUGCGGCAUUCUGUCGGUCGCCUAUGUGGCGCUCAUGACCCCCAUUCUGUGUCUGCCCCAGUACAAGGGCAAGAACCUCGAUCUCGACACCAUGAACUGGACCGUGGUGGUCUACUUUGGUCCCAUGCUUCUGGCGUUUGGCUGGUUCAUGAUCGACGCACGAAAGUGGUUCAAGGGCCCCAAGGUCAACGUCCAGCAUGCCAUCCACAAGGACCACGAGCUUGAGGAGCAGUCCACCAAUGGCGUGGAGUUCUUGUCGGGCGUUGAGCCCAGCGGAUCGGGCAACUCCUAUGAGGAGCACUCCAAGGCCAAGGACUGGGCUCGAGCCGACCAGGUUUAG